AUGGGAACCGGCCGCGUCGCGCUCCUCCUCCUCCUCCUCUCCGCCGCGCUGAUGCAGGCUCUCCUCCCCGCGCCUGCAGAGGGCUUGGUCCGCAUCCCGCUGAAGAAGCGGCCCGCCGACAAAAAUGGCCGCCUCCAGUUCCAUGACGAGCGGCGCCGUGUCUUCCUCGGCAGCAACGCCGCCGCGGUGGCCUCGGAGAAAGCUGAGGCGGAGGCGGAGGGGGAGGGGGACAUCGUGGCGCUGAAGAACUACCUCAACGCGCAGUACUACGGCGAGGUCGGCAUCGGCACGCCGCUGCAGAAGUUCACCGUCAUCUUCGACACCGGCAGCUCCAACCUCUGGGUGCCCUCCUCCAAGUGCUAUUUCUCGAUCGCUUGCUACUUCCAUGCGAGGUAUAAGGCCAGCCAGUCGAACACCUAUAAGAAGAAUGGGAAAUCUGCUUCAAUACAUUAUGGUACUGGUGCAAUUUCUGGCUAUUUCAGCCAGGACAGCGUGAAAAUUGGUGAUGUUAUUGUGAAAAAACAGGAUUUUAUUGAAGCUACGAGGGAACCAAGCCUUACUUUCAUGGUUGCAAAAUUCGACGGCAUUCUUGGGCUUGGAUUCAAGGAACUCUCAGUUGGAAAUGCUGUACCUGUAUGGUACAACAUGGUUAACCAAGGUCUUGUUGAUGAUUCUGUUUUCUCAUUCUGGUUCAAUCGACAUGCUGAUGAAGGGCAGGGAGGUGAAAUUGUGUUUGGAGGAAUUGAUCCUAGCCACCAUAAGGGAAAUCAUACAUAUGUCCCUGUCACUAGGAAGGGAUACUGGCAGUUUGAUAUGGGUGAUGUCCUGAUUGGAGGGAAGUCCACAGAAUUCUGUGCUGCUGGCUGUGCAGCAAUAGCAGAUUCUGGAACUUCGUUGCUUGCUGGUCCCAAGACACAGCCAGCAAAAAUAUGUUCUUCGGUUGGUCUAUGUACUUUUGAUGGAACUCAUGGUGUUAGUGCUGGUAUCCGAAGUGUGGUAGAUGAUGAAGCUGGGAAAUCAAAUGGUCUCUUCAAUGAUGCAAUGUGCAAUGCCUGUGAAACAGCUGUUGUAUGGAUGCAGAGCCAACUUGCACAGAACCAAACUCAGGAUCUAGUGUUGCAGUACAUUAAUCAGCUAUGUGAACGGAUUCCUAGCCCUAUGGGCGAAUCAUCUGUGGACUGCAGCCGACUUGCAUCCAUGCCUGACAUUGCCUUCACCAUUGGGGGCAGAAAGUUUGUGCUCAAACCAGAACAAUAUAUCCUGGAGGUUGGUGAGGGAGCUGCUACCCAGUGCAUUAGUGGUUUUACAGCUAUGGACAUUCCUCCUCCCCGUGGCCCUCUCUGGAUCUUGGGUGAUGUAUUCAUGGGAGCCUACCACACAGUCUUUGACUACGGCAACCUGAAAGUUGGCUUCGCAGAGGCCGCAUAA